AUGAAGUUCAACAUCGCCAACCCGGCGACGGGCCAGCAAAAGACAAUCGACCUCGACGAUGAACGUCGUUACCGUGUUUUCUACGACAAGCGGAUGUCGCAGGAGGUUCCAGGCGACUCUCUCGGGGACGAAUUCAAGGGCUAUAUCUUUCGCAUUGCUGGCGGCAAUGACAAGCAGGGUUUCCCAAUGAAACAGGGUGUCCUUGUUCCUCACCGUGUCCGUCUCUUGCUCUCUGCUGGUCACUCGUGCUAUCGCCCGCGUCGUACUGGUGAACGCGCCCGCAAGUCGGUUCGCGGAUGCAUAGUCGGUCCCGAUAUUGCUGUUCUCGCUCUGGUUGUCGUGAAGCAGGGUGAAUCAGAGAUUCCUGGCCUCACCGAUCAGGUCCUGCCUAAGCGCUUGGGUCCUAAGCGUGCAACGAAGAUCCGCCGAUUCUUCAACCUUACCAAGGAUGACGAUGUUAGGAAGUACGUCGUCCGUCGUGAAGUUGCCCGCAAGAGCAACCCAGAGAAGAAAUACACGAAAGCACCCAAAAUCCAACGCCUUGUUACACCUCAGCGCCUCCAACGUCGCCGUCACCUCCGCUCCCUCAAGCGCCGCCGUAUCGAACGUCAAAAGGAGCAGAAGUCCGAAUACGAGUAA